AAUGAACAGGUGGCGCUACCUUACAGAUCUAUUGAAUGAACAAUGGCCGCCAAAACAAUAAAUCUCAUUGUCAUUUCUCUGCUUGUUAAUGUUAUCCAUCUUGAUGCACAGGACAACAUACGCUGUGAUAUGAGUGACCGUUAUGGGUCAUGCGAUGCAGGAUUCUGUUGUGUCAGAGACCAGUUCUUAGCCUCCUACGUCUACUGCAAACGGAUUCCAACGAACACCCAUCACUGCAUGACCGUGGUCUCCGAAUCAGAAUGCGCAUGUGCAAGUAACCUAACAUGCGUACCAAACAUUAAUUUACCAACUUUUACGUCUGUUUAUGGUAAAUGUCAAGGGAAUUCCAGCACUGACAUACCAGAAACCACAACGACGGCUGCUUUCCAUAAAUCCAUGAAGCCCCAUGUCUAAAGAUGACCCACAAGGAGAUUGUUUUGAUGAUAAAUAGGUUCAC